AUGGCACCCGCGCGCCUUAUCCAACCACCGACUUGUCUCGACUGUCUGCGCCGUCUCGUCCACCCCACCCCGGCAUCGCCCCCCUCGUUUCUAUCUCUGCAGACUCGAGGCGCUAGGUCGUCGACGAAGGCCGAGGAGGAAGAUUUGCAGGGUAUUCCCGUGCGCUUGCUACAGGACAUUCAAGGGUUUGGUCGGAGAGAUGCCAUAAUCCGAGUCAAACCCGGCCGCAUGCGCAACUACUGGUUUCCCAAGGCGCAGGCCGAGUACAUGACGCGCCAACGCUUCAAGGAGCUCGGUCUAACUGAGGCUGCCAUUGGUGUGCGCGAUCGGUCCUUCGGCACCAAGCUCCUCGUCGAAUCUGAAGAUGUGCUGGCUGAGGAGGGGCCUAAAGAGACUUGGAAGAGCAAGAAGGAUACCUUGACACUACCCCCCGAGGAAACCCUCACCCUCCUCGAAACUCUUCUCCCUCCCAUCCUAACCUUCUCCCGCAAGCCUAUCCCAACUGUCUCCGCGCCUCUAUCUAGCGAGCAUAAGCCUACCUCCACUCCUCGAUCGCCAUCUCUCGCCGCCAACGCCGCAGCAUCUACAGACUCCACCGCCGAAGUCUCGACUUCGCCUCCGACGGGUGAGGCAGCAUCGGUAGCCAUCUUUGGUUCCGUGUCCGUAAGCGAUAUCCUAACCUUGAUACGAGAAAGGUUGUUAGAAGCAGACCCGGCGCAGGGUGGAAGCGUGGCACUCGAGGCAGAAGCCGUGCAGAUCCAAGGUCUAGAGGGCGAAGACCGCAUCAAGCACCUCGGUACCUUCGAGGUUCUAAUCUCCGCCGGCAAAGACCUGAAGCCCUUGGUGCGGAAGAUUGAGGUCGUACCAGAGGAGUAA